GGAACAAACUAUCUCACGAUCUCACCGUUUAGUCCUUGAUGCACCACCUUCUCCGACCUCUCUCUUUCCACCCUCAAAAGGCUCCCCAAAAGAGUCCUUUUCUCAGUGCUGAGGCAGUAGGAGGUAGGAGUAGGAGCUAGAAACGAGUGAAGCUCACUGCGGCUAGCUGCUGUCUUGUGUUGUGUUGUGUUGUGUGGCAUGGAGACGUUCACCUUCCUCAAGUUCUUGCGCGGCGGCGCGGUUGCCGGCAACAAGGGCGGCGCCGUGGCGGCCACCACCAUAGCCGCGUCGGCGUGCGAGGACGGCGGAGGUGGGGGUGGGGGUGGAGGUGGAGGAGGGGAGGUGGAUGACGACGCGUCGUUCUUUGACCUGGAGUUCGCGGUGCCCGGCGACGAGAGUGCCGCGUCGGACGCGGAGGAGGAGAGGGUCGAGUUCAACUUCUCUGUCGCGGGGGAUGUCGCGUCCGGCGGCGAGGUGGUGACCGUGGACGACGCGGUGGCGGUGGCGCCGGGUGGCGAGUGCGGAGAGGCGAAGGUGGUGGAGCUGGUCUCGGAGGCGGCGGCACCGCCGGCGUCGUUCCUCCGGCCGGCGACUAAGUUCCGCGUGCUGCUGCUGAAGCUCAGGAAGCCGAAGGUCCCUGUCCCGGCGGAAUGUAACGGCGGCGGCGGCUCCCCGGCGCCGAAGACGAACCGUUUCUUGAUCAAGUUCCGAGUGGACGACGCGCCCUUCGUCUCGCUCUUCACGCGCGACAACAGCUCUCGCACCUCCGACGCCGGCGCCGGCGCCGGCGCAGCCAGGCCGGCUGUGCAGGCGCUGCAGACUCCCGAGGCGGCGGCCAUCACCGCCGAGGAACGGCGGUUCGCGAAGGAGAUGCUGCUCAAGUACCUGAACAAGAUCAAACCGCUUUACGUCAAGGUCUCCCGCCGCUACGGCGAGCGCCUCCGCUUCGCCAGCGCCAGCGAGGGCGAGGAGACGGACCUGGAGCCCGACCCCUCGCCGUCACCUUCCCCUUCCCCCUCCCCGGCGCCCACCCAGCCUCCUACCGCGGCGGCGGCGGCGGCGGUGGCCCCAGCGCCGCCGCAGCCGGUCGUCGUCGCCUGCGGCGUGCGCGCGCCCCGCGCCAGCGUGCCAGCCGGGCUGAAGCAGGUGUGCAAGCGCCUCGGCAAGAGCCGGUCCGCGUCCUCCGCAGUGGCCGCCGCGCCGUCCCCGUCGCUGCCGCCGCCGCCAUCCACCGCCGGGCAGCAGCCGCAGCGCCGCGACGACUCGCUGCUGCAGCUGCAGGACGGCAUCCAGAGCGCCAUUGCUCACUGCAAGCGCUCCUUCAACGCCUCCAAAGUAGGGUCGGAGUCGCCAUUGCUGCGGUCCAUGAGCGACACGAGGGACGGCGGAAGGGCCGACACCAAGGACGGCGGCGGCGGUGACGGCGGCGCUUGACUCGGACCGGCCGAUUCGCCGCUACGGACAAACGGUGAUCGCCGUGCUCAAACCGUAGCUUAGACGCUAGUAGUAUAAUUAGUUGUUGAUAUCGAACACAUGAUGCCGUGAUAAAAAAACGUGCAUGUGUGCGGCUUGUCUCAACGUGGCAAAAGAUUGUCUUUUUGGCCGCGAUGAACUCCCAUCUUGUUCCUAUCUGUAAUUUGCUCGCCGCCGUCUUAGCUCAAUAAUCUGGUAGUGCUAGCUUAGCAGUAUGCAUAUGUAAAAUAUUUCCAUCUCCCAUGUGAAGUCGCUCUCUAGUAAAUUGCUCCCUUUCUCGUAAUCUCGGGAGUGUUGUUACAUC